AUGACGAACGUGAAAAAUCAUAUAUUUCAUCACGUGGACUUACUGGAUACAAACCCUAAGCAAUUUUUUGACAUGAUUCUUAAGACUAUCAACACCGAAGGGAACUUAAGACCGUACAGAAACGUGAAGUACGACACUAUCAAAAUAUACACUCACGCGCAUGGCACGAAAACUAUGAAUCUAGUGAUUAACAUGGAACAUGAUGACGAUUGGGUAUUAGAUCUGAGUAAUGAAGGAAAGGAGUUGGUGGAAUAUGGCAUACAGAAUGAAACCGAACUCAGUAUAUAUAAUGAAGGCGAAUACCUCGCCUACAAGAAAGAUCCCGUAGAUAAGUGGUGA